AUGGCAGGUGGUCUGGUCAAGCAUCGGGCGCUGCAGCGCAAGUCAUCCCACCGACGUGCACUGCUCCGAAAUCUGGUCGGCUCCUUAAUCGAGCACGAGAGCAUCUCAACAACAUGGCCCAAGGCGAAAGAGGCGCAGAAGCUCGCGGAGAAGAUGAUUACACACGGCAAGAAGGCAACAGAGGCUAGUCGGAGAGAGACGCUGAAGUUCUUUUUCAAACCUCAGGAGAUGUGGGCAAAGCUCAGUGGACCACUACGACAGAGGUACAUGGACAGGCCUGGCGGCUACACACGCGUACUGCGGAUAGAACCUAUGAAGGAGGAUCAAGCACCCUCGGCUAUCCUGGAGCUCGUCGAUGGACCAAAGGACAUGCGGUUCGCUCUGACGGCAAAGACGAUUGCGAACUUGCGCGAGAGAGGCCACGAGAUCAACGACAUGACUGCUGCAAACAUUCAGAAGGUGACGAGGUUUCGGCCCGAUGCAGAGAACGAUCUCGAGAGGAUGAUAGCCCAGUUCGAGCGGCUGGCGGAUGAAGGCGACGAAGGCGUCACGGAGAUCGAGAAGAAGAAGGUGUACCCCAUGCAGCAGAAGAGUCGAUGA